AUGAGUCAAUGGAGAAUACAAUAUGAAGCAAAAGGUCCCGGAGGUAAGAUAGAACGUAGUAAUUAUCUAAGGAUUCGUUCCGGAGUCCCACAAGGAGAUAGCUUCAGUCCCUUGUUGUUCUCUCCAGCGAUGUUUCCCAUCAGCCACGCAAUAAAUAGUGUAAAUGGAGGUUACACUACAGCCUCAGGGAAACAGAAACGAUUGCCAAUUUCGUCAUCUCAUAUAUUCUAUAUGGACGAUCUUAAAUUGCAUGCGAAUUCACCUGAAAAUCUUACGAAACAGAUCAAAGUCGUAGCAACAAUUUCAAAGGACAUAAAUAUGAAAUUGAAUGUCAAGAAAUGUGCUGUAACACACUUUAAACCGAAAUGGAUGCAGAAUGAACACGUAGUUGUGGAUGACGACACAUUUACUGAUAGAACUAUAAACUUCACUGUAUAAAAAAUACCUAGAAUAAUAAACCAUAGUACCUAAGGAAAAUCCUCCUAAACCCUUAAAGGGUUUUUGUGCGAAAGGGUUUCUGAGAAAAAGGGUAUUUAAAAAUAAAAACAGUUUAUGACAAGCGAAAAAGGCUUUACUGUUCUACCCUUUCAUGAAAAGGGUUUAUUAUUCUACGGAUAAGGGUUUAUUGUUCUACCUUUUCAUGAAAUGGGUUUAUUAUACUACGACUAAGGGUUUAUCGUUCUACUCUUUCAUGAAAAGGAUUUAUCAUUCUGCGGUCAAGGAUUUAUUGUUCUCCUCUUUCAUCAAAUGGGUUUAUCAUUCUAGAGUCAAGGGUUUAUUUUUCUACUCUUUUAUGGAAAGGAUUUAUUGUUCUACAGCUAAGGGUUUAUUGUUCUACCUUUCCAUCGAAAGGAUUUAUUCCCUAGACUGAAAGGCUAGGGUCUAGAAAUCGUAAUUCAUCUGUGUCUGUCUGUCCAUCUGUAACAAGGACUGGGCACAAAUGGCCAUUUCUAUGGUACAAAUGACCACUUUUAGUGGCGUAAACGGCCAUUUUCAUGGCACAAAUGACUAUUCCUUUGAUAGAAAUGAUCAUUUCUAUAGCAAAAACGACCAAUUUCCAUCGCACAAAUGACCAUUUUUGUGGCCCAAAUGACCAUUUCCAUGGCAUCAAUGACCAUUCCUUUGAUACAAAUGAUCAUUUCUAUGGCACAAACGUCGAUUUUUAUGGCCCAAAUGACCAUUUCUAUGGUGCAAAUGACCAUUCCUAUGGCACAAAUAACCAAUUCGAUUGUAUAAAUGCUUAUUUUUUUGACAGAAAUGAUCAUUGUUAGGUGUGGGUGUGGGUUUUGGUCUCCUUCUCAGCCAUACUCACACUCACAUCCGUAUUCCGAUGUCGAAAUCUUGCGACUUUCGGUAAAGCAUUGUACACUCAAUCCCACAGAGCUUACAUGGGCUCAACUCAAGUCACACGUGCGCAACAGAUAUGUUAAUUUUUGUCUUUCCAGGGUUGAAGAUAGUACGCUCGAUUUUAUUGCUGCCGUUGCUGAAGACUUAGCACAAAGCUUCAUCGAGCAUGCAUACAAAGUCGAGAAUAUUUUCAAAGAAGCCGAUGUAGUGGUGUAAGCCACCGAGCUGAGCCGCCGCUGCCACGAAAGUGUAGAUAAUUGUAAGAAUUUUUUAGCCACCGCCGCUAUGAAAAAUUCGUUCGGCCAGUACGUCACCGACAUGAACGAAAAUUUUUGAUAAUAGUAUGAAGCACCACCGCCAUUGACAUAGAUACAUUUGCAAUGGGUCAUUUUUUCGACUUUUAGGAGCGAAAAUGUUUUUUUCUGGUUGUUAAAGCCACCGCCUGUGCAGAAAAACAUAAACUAUAGCAGAUGCCACCACUGUGGAAAAAAAUAAUUUAUACUUAAAGCCGCCGACGACGACGUAGAAAACGUAAAGCCUAGCAGGCGCCGCCGCUCUUUGACCCUCUGCUUACACCUCUAAGCCAAUGUCAUUGUGGAAAACAAUAUUGAGCCAGAAUUGAUUGAAACUAAUAAAAAAGAAGAUUCAGGAGCAACGAAUAACAAUGAGUCUGAUAUUUCUAAGUGACAACUUGUAUGCGUCCCUCUUCUGUACCAUUUGCACUUGUGAUAACUCCUCUGAUGCAUACAUAUGUCACUGUGAUCAAAUAGACAAAAAUAAAUAAAUAUGAAUGAGUAAAAAAUGAAUGUUUCUCUUGAAUCGAUUAGUGGAGAUUGUCAGAAAUAGACAUGUACGAGGUGAUAUGAAGAAAUCAAAGAUCUUCAGCAUCUAACUAAUAACGUUACAAUAAUCAGAUGGUUCCAUCACCUCUAUGGAUCAGAGGUGUAAACCAAAAAAUUUUGAAAAUGUAGCAUCAUUCGAUUUCAGGAGAUUUUUUCUUUUAUCUCAGAGACACAUAAGGGAAGUCUGAAACUUUCAGCAUUUAUAGAGCAGAUACUCGGCUACAAUUUGGCUCAAUUGAAAUCAAUAAUCUAUUUAAUCAAAAGAGUCAAUCAGAGUUUUAUAAAAAAGCACUUGCACAACUUCUAUAAAACUUUUAAAAUUCAUUGACUCUCAGCUAUACAGGUACCCUCAGUCACCCUCUGUCUAACGGUGAAAACCGCGAUUCGAUAGCUAUCAGCGU